AUGUCACAUCUCAUUACUUUAGCCACGUGUAAUUUAAAUCAAUGGGCACUGGAUUUUGAAGGUAAUAGAGACCGUAUCCUAGAAUCUAUAAAGGUUGCCAAGGAGAGAGGUGCCAGGUUGCGUGUCGGUCCAGAACUAGAAAUAACUGGCUAUGGAUGUUUAGAUCAUUUCUUAGAAAACGAUGUUUGUCUUCAUUCAUGGGAAAUGUAUGCUCAAAUCAUCAAGAAUAAAGAAACUCAUGGGUUGAUACUUGACAUUGGUAUGCCCGUCCUACAUAAGAAUGUCCGUUAUAAUUGUCGUCUGCUAUCUUUGGAUGGUGAGAUAUUGUUUAUAAGACCAAAGAUCUGGUUAGCUAACGAUGGUAACUACAGGGAAAUGAGAUUUUUCACACCUUGGAUGAAGCCUGGCGUAGUAGAAGACUUUAUCCUUCCACCUGAGAUUCAAACAGUUACGGGUCAACGACUUGUGCCAUUUGGUGAUGCUGUAAUAAAUUCAUUGGAUACGUGUAUCGGUACAGAAACCUGCGAAGAAUUAUUUACGCCUCAAUCUCCUCACAUCGCAAUGUCAUUGGAUGGUGUGGAAAUCAUCACGAAUUCAUCUGGUUCUCACCACGAACUGCGUAAGUUGAAUAAAAGAUUAGACUUGAUUUUGAAUGCCACCAAACGUUGUGGUGGUGUUUACUUGUAUGCAAAUCAAAGAGGUUGUGAUGGGGACAGAUUAUAUUAUGAUGGCUGUGCAUUGAUUGCCAUCAAUGGUACGAUUGUUGCCCAGGGUUCACAAUUUUCCCUAGAUGAUGUAGAAGUUGUUACCGCUACUGUAGACUUAGAAGAAGUGAGAAGUUACCGUGCGGCAAUUAUGUCUCGUGGUCUGCAGGCUUCGUUAGCAGAGAUUAAGUUCAAGCGCAUUGAUAUUCCUGUAGAAUUAGCCUUGAUGACCUCCAGAUUCGAUCCUACAGUGUGCCCAACAAAAACUCGGAAGCCUUUUUACCACUCUCCUGAGGAAGAAAUUGCUUUGGGGCCUGCUUGCUGGAUGUGGGAUUAUUUAAGACGUUGUAAUGGCACAGGGUUUUUUCUGCCUUUAUCUGGGGGUAUUGACUCUUGCGCAACAGCAAUGAUUGUUCACUCUAUGUGCCGAUUAGUUACAGAUGCUGCCCAAAAUGGGAAUGAACAAGUUAUAAAAGACGUUCGUAAAAUAACGCGCAGUACCGAUGAUUGGAUUCCAAGCAGUCCACAAGAGAUAGCCUCAAAAAUAUUUCACUCCUGCUUCAUGGGUACAGAGAACUCAUCUAAGGAGACAAGAAGUAGAGCUAAAGACCUUUCUACCGCUAUCGGAUCCUACCAUGUUGAUUUAAAAAUGGACUCCUUAGUAUCCAGCGUGGUAUCCUUAUUCGAAGUGGCCACUGGCAAAAAACCAAUAUUCAAAAUAUUCGGAGGUUCUCAAAUAGAGAAUUUGGCUCUACAAAACAUUCAGGCACGUCUAAGAAUGGUCCUUUCUUAUCUUUUUGCACAACUGUUGCCGUGGGUUCGUGGGAUCCAAAAUUCUGGUGGUUUGUUAGUAUUGGGUAGUGCCAAUGUUGAUGAAUGCUUACGCGGGUAUCUAACAAAAUAUGACUGCUCUUCUGCUGAUAUCAACCCAAUUGGGGGAAUUUCAAAGACUGAUUUGAAAGGAUUCAUAGCUUACGCAUCAAAGGAAUAUGACAUGCCAAUCUUGGAUGACUUUUUGAAUGCUACGCCAACUGCAGAAUUAGAACCUAUGACUAAGGAUUAUGUUCAAUCGGACGAAAAAGAUAUGGGAAUGACGUACGAGGAAUUGGGUGUGUUUGGUUAUUUAAGAAAAGUUGAAAAAUGUGGUCCGUAUUCUAUGUUCCUAAAACUUCUUCAUCAGUGGUCUCCAAAGUUGACGCCCCGUCAAAUAUCUGAAAAGGUUAAAAGAUUUUUCUUCUUCUACGCUAUUAAUAGACACAAACAAACUGUUUUAACUCCCAGCUAUCAUGCUGAACAGUAUUCACCAGAAGACAACAGAUUCGAUUUACGUCCUUUCUUAAUUAACCCAAGAUUUCCGUGGGCUUCAAGAAAAAUUGACGAAGUUGUUGAACAGUGCGAAGCACAUAAAGGCUCAAAACUUGACAUCAUGUCAAUUGAUUAG